UCGAGCACCUGCCGUGCGCGCUCCACUCUGCUGCUCCCUGCGGCCACCACCACCCAUGGCGUCCGCCGCGAGGGCUCUGGGAGCUCUCCUCCACAGGGCCUCGUCUCUGUCCUCCUCUGCCUCCGCUCUCAGGAGCGCCUCCCUUCUACACAGGAAUGGCUCUGCUGGUGGCGCCAGCUUGUUCCAGGGGCACGUGGCUAGGCGAAGGAUUUGGACGUUCCAGCCGCUUUGUAUGGGGCGGCGUUCCUGCAAGAUCGCCGGGAGGAAGGGUGCCCAGAAUUUGAAAAAGAUGAAGCGCAACAGCAAAAUUGGAAAAGAAAUCGUUGCUGCCAUUAAAAAGGGUGGCCCGAGUCCUUCAUCCAACACAGCUUUAGCGGCGAUACUAGAGAAAGUAAGAGAGCUGGAUGUCCCCAAGGAAGUUGUUGAGCGUAACAUCAAAAGAGCUUCAGAAAAGGGCCAGGAUACUUACAUAGAAAAGGUUUAUGAGGUCUAUGGUUUUGGUGGAGUAAGUAUGGUCGUUGAGGUCCUUACAGACAAAAUUACAAGAUCUAUUGCGGAUAUUAGAAAUGUUGUAAAGGACUGUGGAGCAAAAUUGGCUGAUCCCGGGUCUGUUACAUUCAGAUUCCAACAAGCUCGCGUGGUUAACAUAAAAGUUACAGAUGCCGAUAAGGACCAACUACUCUCUGUUGCUUUGGAUGCUGGUGCAGAUGAUGUUAUUGAACCAAAUUUUGAUGGUGAUGAUGAAGACUCUGAAGAAGAUGUUAUAGAAAGGUUUUACAAGAUAGUUACUACAUCAGAAAACUACCCUGUUGUGCUAUCAAAGCUACAAGAGGAAGGAAUAAAGUUUGAAACGGAUAAUGGUUAUGAACUUCUGCCUCUCAAUCCAGUUGAGGUAGAUGACGAGGCCAUGGAUCUAAACAAGGACCUUGUAUUGAAGUUGCUUGAACUCGAUGAUGUCGACGCUGUCUACACGGACCAAAAGUGAAUGUCGGUUCUGAACUGCAUGCUCUCAACUCUCAAGACUCUGCCCGGCAUCUCAUAAACUUUACCUUACAUUCCAACAUUCAGUGCCCAGCGUUCUCUCCACUGACGAUGCUAGACGCAUAUUGGCAAUGUGGUCGUAAGAGAUACAAAUAAACAACACUGGCAUAAUGUAUGGGUAUUGACGAUGAUUGUAAUGAAGAGGUUUUUGGGGCUUUUAAAUUCGCUGAAGAUGAGCUCUUCACUCCUUCGAUGGGGGCACAUUUGGAAUGGAAGUGCGCUGGGAAGCAGAAAACAUUGGCAUUAUGUUGCAUCUACCACCCUUAAUUUGGUUUCUGCUGCA